CGGAUUUUAGGAACGAAUUUAAGCUUUUGAAGAGUUUGUUUCUGUCUGGAGAUGCGCCCUUGCCGCUCCGCCGCUGCGUGAAUCUUCCGUUACCGAGCCUCAGUAUGGCGGGAACAGUGGCGGCGUGGCUGCCGUUCGCCCGUGCGGCGGCCAUCGGCUGGAUGCCGGUGGCCAGCACGCCCAUGCCGGUGCCCCCGAAGGAGGAGCCCCGCGGCCAGGCCGGGCUCAUCGUGCUCAACGUGAGCGGUGCCAAGUUCCAGACGUGGCGGGACACCCUGGAGCGCUACCCGGACACCCUGCUGGGCAGCACGGAGCGAGACUUCUUCUUCCACGAGGAGACCAACGAGUACUUCUUCGACCGCGACCCGGACAUCUUCCGCCACAUCCUCAACUUCUACCGCACCGGGAAGCUGCACUACCCGCGGCAGGAGUGCAUCGCCGCGUACGACGAGGAGCUGGCGUUCUUCGGCAUCAUCCCGGAGAUCAUUGGGGACUGCUGCUACGAGGAGUACAAGGACCGGCGGCGGGAGAACCAGGAGCGCAUCCAGGACGAUGAGGAGAUGGAGCAAGGCAAAGACCAGGUGGUGGCGCACCUCAACUUCCGGGAGACGAUGUGGCGCGCCUUCGAGAACCCGCACACCUCCACCAUGGCGCUGGUCUUCUACUACGUGACCGGCUUCUUCAUCGCAGUGUCGGUGAUGGCCAACGUGGCGGAGACGGUGCCGUGCGGCGGCGCGCACAGCCGCGUCAAGGAGGUGUCGUGCGGCGAACGGUACGCACUGGCCUUCUUCUGUCUGGACACCGCGUGCGUCAUGAUCUUCACGGUGGAGUACCUGCUGCGCCUGCUCGUCGCGCCGAGCCCCUACAAGUUCGUGAAGAGCGUCAUGAGCGUCAUCGACGUGGUGGCCAUCAUGCCCUACUACAUCGGCCUCGUGAUGACGGACAACGAGGACGUGAGCGGCGCCUUCGUCACGCUGCGCGUCUUCAGGGUGUUUCGGAUUUUCAAGUUCUCGCGACACUCCGCGGGACUUCGCAUCCUGGGCUACACGCUGAAGAGCUGCGCAUCGGAACUCGGCUUCCUGCUCUUCUCGCUCACCAUGGCCAUCAUCAUCUUCGCCACCGUCAUGUUCUACGCAGAGAAGGGAUCCAGCGCGAGCAAGUUCACCAGCAUCCCAGCGAGCUUCUGGUACACCAUCGUCACCAUGACAACGCUCGGUCUUUUGUAGGUCACAUGUCUGAGUUUGAGGAAGAGAAGGUCUGUGGUCAGUCAGCUGGGCGGAUGUUGGUUCUGAUCUAAGUCUCAGAACUCCCUUUGGAUCUCUGUGAUUUAGUUGCAGCAGCUGGUUUCUGUUUGUGAACUGAAUGUUGGAGAACAUGUGUUUCCUUUUACCAAUCAGAUGAGUGUAAACUUCGAGUGUCACUAACUGCUGCUGCACGUUUCACAUCAUUACACAUGAAAUAUCUUUAUGUAUUUGUGUUAUUGUUUGUGUGUCCGCGGUGCAGAAACACAAGUUACUGCUGGGGGUGUUCUUCCCCCACUGACCUGCAGCUCUGUGAUGGAAACCAGAGGCCUGUACUUAUACACACACUAUGUACUUAUACACUCACUGUGUACUUUAUACACUGUGUUUACAUACUGACGGAGUGACGCAGGAUGUUUCAGCUGCUUCACUGAAACUUUCACUUUGA